AUGGACCAUGAUCCACUGAUCGACGUUUCCACCCCAUCAACCAACAACGACUCUUUCAUUCUCAAGCGGGGCAUAUCCAGUGACGACGAUUCGCGCUUUGACAAUGACCAUGAUAUGGCUGGAGCGCUACCGACACAAUUGAAUCACGGCUACUCGGACAACGACAUGAACGAGACCAAGCGACGCAGGAUCCAGGGCGAAGACGACCCUUUGACCCUAUCCGCUACGAACAAUAGCUCCAUCGAUAGCAGUGAUCAAGGUCACAGCGGUGCAGUAUCAUCAACAGUACAAACAACUACCGUAACCACAAGGACCAAGGCCCCCCAUCCUCAGCAAAGCCUGCCAGGACUCGAUUCCGAAUCACAGUCGUUUGAGCUACGUCGACAGAUUAAAAGGGUCAAUUAUGUGGAGGAUGAGGAGGAGGAGGAGGAGGAGGAGGAGGAGGAGGAAGAGGAUGUUGCGCCAUCGAAACGAGGGAGAGAUCAUGCUCGAUCAAACUAUGUCCAGUCGCAUCCGUCUUCUCGGCAUCAUCCUAUCAGCGACGAAGAAGAUGAAUCUGAUAAGAGCAACGACGUCAAGUCGGAGCAAAAGCCAGACUUAUUUGGACCGAGGACGCUGCGAGAUCGCCGCUCCAUCACUGCACCCAAACCUUUUCCGGUGAGUAAUCCACCUGCACCUCGACAGCAAUCGCGUUCUAAGGGGCAAGUCGGCAAUUCGCGACAGAACGGCGGACGGCACGACGACCCCCACAAAACUUACCAAUCCGGCUCUCGUUCGCUACCUCUUAAACGGUCAUUUCCCACUGCGCGGCCUAUUACUGAGAAUAUGAGGAUCACUCGAGGCAUGAGUGGCUCGCUAGCGCCGGAUUCUCCAAAUAGCCGCGACGUGACGCCGGACCGAACAGGUCGUCAGAAUGGUAGGGCCACGUCACGUUUCCAUUGCAAUAGCUACUCGGACGAAGAACAGGAUCUCAACGACCAGGAGAGACAGCAUGAUGACGGCGAGGAUGAGUUGGAGGGAGGACCAGCUGACGAUGAGCAGGCGUCGAGCUUGAAUCUCCAGGACGACAACGGCCUCACUCGUAUGACUCGUUUGAGGGCUCGAAUCCAGGCACAACCAGCAGGGAGCUCUAGACAUACCUCACAAAGGAUAUCGUCAAGGUCAAAGCCAGCCGACACCCAGUCUCAACAGGAAGCAGACCGUAAAUACGAUUUAAGGGAACGACCCAAAAACAGACCGACCUAUAUCGCCGACCGACCUAUGCCAUCUCCGAGCAGGUCAAGGUCAUCCAGGAUCAGCUCAUUUGGUGGACACAACCCUUUUUCACGACCUCGACAGAACCGCUCCGGUCUACUAGAGGCGCUUGCACGAGCUGGAGCAUCAUCGAGUGAUGAACAUGAGGUACCGAACUUCAAGAGACGGGCGGGGGCCUCAGAAUCCCGUGGCUCAUCUUCACGUAUUCUGCCAAUGAAUAUGCACGAACUCGCCGAAUCCAGGAGAGAUGUUAUUGCUGCACGAUCGGGACAGUUGGCAGACACAGAUCCGUUAGCUGUAGGUAACAGCAUUGACUUUGGCAAGGUUGGUGGACUGGAUCAUCAUAUCAAAUCGCUGAAGGAGAUGGUCAUCUUGCCAUUGCUCUAUCCAGAGGUGUAUUCGCAUUUCCAAAUGAUGCCUCCCCGAGGUGUGCUUUUUCACGGGCCUCCAGGCACGGGGAAGACGCUGCUGGCCCGUGCUUUAGCUUCAAGCUGCUCGACAGAGACGCAAAAGGUCGCGUUCUUUAUGAGGAAGGGCGCAGACUGUUUGAGCAAAUGGGUUGGAGAAGCUGAAAGACAGCUCCGCCUGUUGUUUGAGGAAGCCAAGGCCUGGCAGCCCAGCAUCAUUUUUUUUGACGAGAUCGAUGGCCUCUGCCCGGUGCGGUCCAGUAAGCAGGAGCAGAUCCAUGCAUCCAUCGUAUCAACUAUGCUUGCCCUUAUGGAUGGUCUUGAUGGACGAGGCCAAGUCAUUGUCAUCGGUGCCACCAAUCGUAUAGACGCCAUUGAUCCCGCCCUGCGUCGCCCAGGGCGUUUUGAUAGAGAGUUCUACUUUCCUCUACCCAACGAAGCUGCUCGCAGAGCCAUAAUCGACAUCAAUACUUGCGGAUGGGUCCCUGCUCUGGACGAAGGGUUCAAGGAUCAGUUGGCAAGGAUGACAACGCGAUAUUGCGGAGCAGAUAUCAAGGCAUUGUGUACGGAGGCUGCGUUGAGGGCAAUUCGGCGACGCUACCCGCAGAUCUACGAGAGCAACGAGAAAUUGCAGAUCGAUGCUUCAACGAUUAUUGUGGAGGAGAUCGAUAUGCUCAAAUCAGCUAAAGCCUUGACCCCCGCCUCAUAUCGUGUCAGCGGUGCCUCGGCUUCACCCUUACCAGAAAACAUAAAGCCACUGCUCCAGCAUCAGCUCGACACGAUUUGUAAAACUGUCGAUAUGUUGUUUUCAGGAACAAGCGGGCUCUCCUCCAAGGGGAAUUACAACGAGGACGAAGAUUCUUCAUUUCAAGCAAUGGGAUAUCGAAGCUUUGAGAAGCUGAGGACGUUCAGGCCACGGAUGAUUAUCAUGGGCCAGCGCGGGAUGGGACAACGAUACAUCGGGCCAGCUCUUCUCCAUUACCUCGAAGGAUGUACAGUCCAGCUAUUUGACUUAGCGGCCCUACUAUCAGAGUCGAGCAGGACGCCCGAGGCGGCAUGCGUUCAAUACUUUGUUGAGGUGAAGCGACAUGCACCGAGCGUUAUAUACAUUCCACAUAUUGACACGUGGUGGUCUGUCGUAUCGGAUGCUGUGAAGGCAACCUUCUCUAACCUCCUAGAGGACCUCAGCCCCGAAGACGGGAUCCUGUUCUUGGCCACAAGCGAGACGCCGUUGUCCAAUUUACCUAUAACCGUCAAGCGCUGGUUCCUAUCGAGCGCCAAAGGCCGCGUAGAGUUAUCAAGUCCUAUCACCACACGUCGCGAGAUGUUCUUUGAGGCGCUCAUUCAUGACUUAUCGCGCCCACCCACGGACUUCAAAAUACAUCCAGCAACGCUAGCGCAACCAGAGACACUGAAGAAGGCACCGCCACCUCAGCCACGCGUGCCGACUGCCGAAGAGAAAAAGUUGUUGAUGGAGCAUGACCAGUAUGUGCUCCGCGAGUUACGCAUCUCUCUUCGCACAAUCGUAGACGAAUUAUACAAGGAGCGCAAAUUCAAGCCGUUUUUUAGACCGGUCGAGCCCGAGGAGUCCGUGGAUUAUUACCAGAUCGUGAAGAAACCUAUGGAUUUGGCCACUAUCAGCGAGAAGAUUAACUACAGGAUGUAUCUGGAGGCCAAGGAUUUUUUGGCGGACAUUGACCUCAUUGUUGAGAAUACUACGCUAUAUUAUGACACACAGGACCCAAGUAGGGUGAUCUACAGAGCGCGUGCUUUUCAGGAUGUCGCCUAUGCGAUGGUCGGUCGACUGGAUCCGGAGUUGAUUAUCGAGACCGAGAAGACUGCCGCCCGUGUCCGACAAGAGAUCAGAGCACAGCAAAGAUCACAAGGCGAGAGGAUAAGCCGACGUCAAAUGGGUCUGGAAGCACCAGCUGUUCUUGAUGAUCCAGAGAUGCUUCUCCGUAAUCGGGCUACUCUGAAUAGAUUGGGGCUGGACUCUGCUCGCGAGGACAGCGCAGAUGUCUCUGUCAAGAUGGAGGAUAGUCAGAAUCAGGAGACAAUUGGUCAUCAACCAGCUGAACAACGCGAGGAGGAUGAUGGCAAUGAUAGCGGAACUUCUUUGUCAUUGUACUCGUCACAAGCGGCUUCAAGUGUCACCAGUAUGGAAGCAACGGGCGAUAUACUCGAUGAAGGCUCUUCCUCCCUCCUGGACGGGAACGCGAGCAUGGAGGUCGACUCGCCCAAAGCUAGCAAUGGGAUCAUCGCAGCGCCCGCAGGGAGCCCAGGGCUAGGAGUCGAGAUUGCGAUACAGACAAAGGAUGAUGCGGCCAUUGUCAAAACGCCGAGGGAAAACACGCCUGUCCCUCCAGUUGACAUUGCAAAUGAGAACCAGGCGGUGCAAGAUAUGAUGACCGAUGUCGGCUUGGUCAUGGAUACAACCGACCAGCAAGCCGAACUGAAGAAUCCGGCGCCAACGGCUGAAGCGGAAGAGGAGUCUAAGGAUAUGAUACUAGAUCAGAACGAAGUUGCUCAUCUUCGUGAGAAUCUUAUUAAGGAUACCGAAGGAUGCAGCGUCGAGGAGCUUGAUCAGUUACGUGCCUCUCUUUAUGCAGAUAUCUGGGAGCAUCGGCAUGACUGGGAUAAGAGUGCCCUGCUCUUGGAUAUGAAAAAUACUCUAGAUGCGGUAAUAAGCCUCCACCGAGAAUACCGCGACUCCGAGCGAAGGACUAUCGAGACCUUCAUGGAAAGCUUUCAGUGA